AUGCCAGAGACAGGAGCAGAAGCGGACUGCGAUGCUGAGGUAGUGAGCUGCGAGAAUGCUUCUGCAGUUGAGUGUGGGCUGAAGAAGACGGCUCUCGACACUCUUGGACUUGGCGAGCCUGGCAUCGCGCACGUUGAUUGCGAUGCAGAGACAACUCUGCCAGCUACACCAGCCACGCCAUCUUCGUACACAGGGAGCUCAAAGACAUGCGUCCUGGACGGCACCUGCGACCUUAGUGACAUCGAAGAGCUUACCAUUCUGGAGGUCGUCCCGAGCCCUGCCUCCUCGAAGAGGGGGGCUGCGGCUCGAGCGAAGGCGAAGCAGGUGGAGCAGGCCAGCGGUGGCGAGGCGGUUGGUAUCUCCGAUGACUCUGAUGUGGAGGUGCUGGCAACGACGGUGCGCAAGGGGCUGGUCAAGGCUGCGGGAUGCAAGACAAUGCUCGGGUGGACUGAGGAGGCAGCGGGAGAUGGUCAUUCAGCGGACUCCGGCAGGCAGGCGCCACGUGUUGAGGAAACCACCCUCUCAAGCCUGUUCAGCUCCCCAGCCGACACAGAUGAAGAAAGGCUGGAGGAUGUGUUAGAGACGCCGCUCUCCCCGAGGCCCUCGGCAUCCUUCAGGAAAGAUGCGCGUGUGUUCUUCAGCCCCAUGCCCAUGCGGCGACGCACGGAGGAGGCAGCGGGAGAUGGUCAUUCAGCGGACUCCGGCAGGCAGGCGCCACGUGUUGAGGAAACCACCCUCUCAAGCCUGUUCAGCUCCCCAGCCGACACAGAUGAAGAAAGGCUGGAGGAUGUGUUAGAGACGCCGCUCUCCCCGAGGCCCUCGGCAUCCUUCAGGAAAGAUGCGCAUUUGUUCUUCAGCCCCAUGCCCAUGCGGCGACGCACAGAGGCGACCAGCACACCAUCCCCAAGUCAAGGUCAGCUUUUCUUCAGCCCCGUGCCUCUGUGCCGCCGCGAAGAGGAGUUGCAGAAGCAGAACCCAGCAACCCCUCCGAGGUCAGCCUCUUCGUGCUCACGCUUGUUCUUCAGUCCCGUGCCCAUGUGCCGAGUGGCCAAGGAGCCGCCACAAGAGCCGAAGCCGGAGCCGCCGGAGCCGCCGGAGCCGCCGAAGCCGGAGGAGCCGAAGGCCGAGGUGUGCUCUGCAGAAGGGCCGAGGGGCUGGGAAUCACCGGCUUGCAAGUCCUUGCAAACGAGUGCUGCAGAGCCAGAGCCGGUCGAGCCUCUUGAAGAAGCCUCAGAGGACGAGAAAGCGAUGCUCACGGAGCUCCCUUCCAAGAUUUCUUGCCGCGCCAUCUCGAGUGGCCGGAUGCAAGCGCCCGUUGAGCAGUUGAGUUUGCGCUCUGCCAAGCGCAGACCUUGGACUGCUCUGCAGGUAACUAGGAUCUCCAGCGGUUCGGCUUCGCUGCCGAAGCGCCAUGGCUUCGCUCAGGCUAUCGCUGCAAAGCUGAGCCGCACGUACUCCACGACGAUGCAGGGCCGGAAACGGCGGAAGACAAACCGAAGCGCUCAGGAUCUUCCGGCUGUGCGCUGCCAGGCUCGUGAGCCGGCUGGGCUCGCCAGGAAUGCGGGAAGCACCGAAGCCGUGCUGAAUCCCAGCACGACGGCCGGAUCGAUGCGCCUAAUUCUGGCGGGCGAGGAUGCAACAGGCAGAAAGCCUCCUGCACCCCUGCGGACUCCGCCACCACCUGCCAGGCAACGGAAGGUUGAGUCCAACGAAGUUCCGGGUGAUAGCGACGACGAACGUCCUUUGAGCACACUUUUUGAUGCUGAAGAUGCUCCCUUGACACAAUUGCUGCCGAGCUCGACGUGGUCAUGUCUCCUAUCGCAACCCCUGGACAGCGCCGAGUUCCCGAUCCGUGUGUACCCCCUGGAAGAGGAAGUGGAGGAAUCCGAGGACCCUUGGUCGUCCUGCUCGGAGCCAGAAGAUGCCGACCUCAUCGGGGGCAUGGAGGCCGGCACAACGGAGCUGGUGUGGUGCCGAUCCUCCUUUUGCCGGCUUUUGGCCACGAGCUGA